AUGUCACAACCACUCUCACCAUCAACGACGACUCAAUUUGGCCAGACCAGUUCAAGCCACAGUCACAAUCACAACCACAAUCACAGUUCAGGACAUUCAAGAAACGCUUCUACUUAUAUAUCAGCAGAGGCAGGAAGACCUUCAUCAUCAGCAACGUCGUCUUCGUCAUAUUCAUUAACUCAGAGAUCACCUAGUCCAUCACCGACCAAGCCGACUUUCGGAUUUAUUGAUCAAUUACAACCAUCUCAACAAUCUUCAUCCUCAUCUUCAUCAGCACUUUCACCUCUUUCACAAGGUAGUAUAAUCGGUAAUAAUGGACCUAUAUCAUUAGAUAAAUCACUGUCUGCUUCUUCGUCAGGAACAGGUAUAAUAUCGUCAUCAGCAUCUAUGAACAAUAAUAUCAAUGAUGGUCCUUGGUCAAAAUUGACUCCUCAACGAGUUGGUAGGGCUAUAGGUGCAAGGUUUAUGAGAGCUGUAAGAAGAGGUAAUUUACCUUUCUUAUUGGUCUUCUUUAGCUGCACAAUAGUGUUCUUCUCAGCACUGGCAGGUGUAGGAUAUCGUGAACCUUCUCUCGACUCCGUAUCAACCUCUACAUCAAAUUCCAAUGCGCUCCCACCCGGACCAGGGGAAUUCCGAGUCGGAGGCCCGGUGUUCGACGAUAGGAAAGGAUUAGAAAGGAGGAUAGCGGAACAAAGAGCUUUGGAAGAAUCUUGGGCCAAGAAGAGGAGACCUAAAGACGGCGCAUGGAUGCGUAAACAACGAGAUGAUAAAGCGAUUCGAAGAAAACCACAAACAGCAACUACUUCUUCUUCCCAGCAGACGGAUGGGGUCUAA